AAAAAAUACAGCAUCACUCCGCUUUACCAAUAAGGAUAAUAUGGGGCAUCUGAUGCCAAUAUAAUGGCAUUUAAGGAUCUGUCUCACAUUUUGGAUCAACCUGUUCUGUCUUUAUCAUAACAAUACAAACAGCCGCACGCCGCGCGCCUGCGGGCAGCUUUUACGCACAGCCAUGAGCGCGGAAAAACCGAACUUUCUCUCGCAGCCCGUCGUCAAGAACGUGUUCAUGUUCCGAAACGGCGACCCUUACUACGAGGCCCGCCGGAUCGUGAUCAACCAAAGGAGGGUGUGCAACUUUGAGACGUUGCUGAAAGAGGUGACCGGAGGGAUCCAAGCCCCAUUUGGCGCCGUGAGAAACAUCUACACGCCGAGAGGAGGCCACAAGGUGGACUGUCUGGAUGGCCUCCACAGCGGGGAGCAGUAUGUGGCUGCAGGGAGAGAGAGAUUCAAAAAACUAGAUUACCUCCAGAUUGGUUCCAGAAGGAAGAGGAUGAUGCAGAUGAUGCCAGUGCAGGUGAAGCCGCCACCACAGAAUCGAAUUACUGCGUCUCCUCGAUUCCUCAAACCCAUCAAGGAACCGUGCUUAAUAUUUGUGGUAGCAAAUGGUGAUAUCAUAAACCCUGCAGUGCGACUGUUGAUCCACCAGAGGAUGCUGGAGCAGUUUGACAAAAUAUUAGAAAUGAUUACAGAGAAGAUGGGACUGAGAGUCUUGGGUGGUGUGAGGAGCCUGUACACCUUUGAAGGUAACCAGGUGACUGAUGGGAAGCAGCUGGUGAGCGGACACCAUUACGUGGCUGUGGGAAGAGAAAAGUUUAAAAAACUACCAUAUAGUGAUCUACUCUUCACCAAACGCAGAGGAACGAGGAGGGUUAAUCGUAUCAGUGCUUACUCUCUACCUCCAAUCUACAGAUUCCCAAAGCAAAAUGGAAAUAGUAAGUCUGUUUUUCAGGGAGGUGAUGGUGAAGGUGACUCUAAGACCUUUCCUCCAGCCCACAGACACAACAGUAAAGAACAUUUGUCUUCCAUUGUGAGAGAGAUCUCCCAGGCCAGGCUCAUCUCCCUCAGGAAGAACAGGAAGACAAGCAUGUCGUUGGGCGUCACUGACAAUGAUGACCUAGAAUCAAAGCCUGUUGAUGGAAAUAGUGAAAACCAAACACCAGAAGACCAGCAAGCUGAGGAGAAACCUGCAGCUGACCAUCCAAAAACCACAGAGGAGAUGGAUGAAAAGGCUGAAGAGAAGGAGAAGCAGGAGAAGCAGGAGGAGGAGGCUGCUGAAAACACCAACAAAGAUUGUUGUAGUGGAGAAGGAGAGAAGGAGGAAAAACAGAAGGCGAGUGGUGAGGGAGAGGAGGAUAAGAAAGAAAAUGCACAGCCAAAUGGAGAAACAGAGGGAGAAAAAGAACAAGGAGCAGGGGAUGCAAAGGAGGAGGUUAAGAAAGAGGAGCAAAGUUCAAUCAAUACCAAUAGUGGUAAUGCGAAGGACAGAAAAGAGGGACGGAAUGGAAGCCGUCCACCUUCUAAGAUCGAAACAGAGCAGGAAGACAAACAUGGUCGAAUAGAAACAAAAGAUCAAGACAGUGGAGAGAGUGAGAGCAGCAGCAAAGAUGCAGCUAAUGAUGGUGACGCAGGGGAGGAAGAGAAAGAAAACAAUGAUGGGGGGAAGGCUCACAUGGAUAAUGAGUCAAAGGAGAGCCGUAGCAGCAGGAGCAGCAGUAGCAACAGUAACCAGGAAGAUGAUGUGACCAAAGCAAACAGGAGUGCUACCAAGGAGUCAGGAGGAGGAGAAGAGAGGAAAAAGAACAGUGGGAUGAGCGGGGAAGAUGAUGAGGUGGAAAGUGAAUCAGAGCAGACGACGGAGCAAAAAAUGGCAAGCAGCCGUAAUGAUGCCGCAGAAAACACAGCACAAGGGGAGAAUCGCAAUAAAAGUGAAGAUGAAAGUAGGAAAGAAACAAAUUAAAAUAAAAUGCAGAAAUGCCACAUGUGCAUAAAUAGGAAUUCAUACUCUCU